UAAGCCACCUCCUGAUUGGUCGGCGGUGAAUUCCUUUCAUCUGUAAGCAGAACACAAGUGGUGUCGGCAAGCUUUGAGUAAGGAAGGCAUGUUUCAAUAAAACCGAGUGCCUGCUGUGUGCAAUCACAUUGUGCCAGUUAGCCCAGCAGUCGAUGUCUAGAGUAAUUGAGAGCCUUGUGUAAAACAUCGUCUUCACAUUCCUACUUCCCAUCAGAGCUUGGGACUAUCAUUUCUGGAUAUUCUGCCUUUGAUACAACAUCGUGCUUGGAUAUAGUCGUGACUUCUACCUAACGAUCAAGAGGAAAUAUCUUGACCAUGCUUCAAACAGCAUCACAGUACUUACACCAUGAGUACCUUCAACCUUUGCCAACAACGUUGGAUGCCAAAAAGAGCCCAUUGGCCUUGCUUGCCCAGACAUGCAGCAACAUUGGUAAAGAUACCACACCAGCUAAACCGCUGAUACCGCCCAUCGAAAAGAAAGAUGGCCGAACAUCGUCCGAAAAGUCGAGCAGUGACCAUGACAAGCGAUCCUCGCCUGCUGAUAAGAAGGACAGCAAGACACCGAGCAGUGCUCCGCCGAAGGAGAUGCCCUCACUCGUACCAAUCACCCACUCGCCCAACAGCGGGAAAUACUCUCCAAGUACGGGCUCACCCAAGACCCGCAGCCCUGUCAACGCCCACACGCCCGUUUCCAGUAGCCAUUCACCCAUCCCGUCCGCUCACUCCAACACCCAUUACAGCCUCGCCUUGGAUAGCAAACAUGGCGAUGUAAAAACGAGCUCAGAAUCAAAAACAGGACUAUCUUCGCAGCCAACACAACCAACGCCCGGUGCAACUCUCAAGCCAACGGCAGUGCCAGUUUCGGGAGCAGCCAGCUAUUCUCACCAUCCAGGAUUGGACCCUCAUCUUCUUGGACAUCCAUUCGCAUUGGACCCCAGCAGCAUUCACAGCGCAAAUGCAGCUUACACGUCGGCGUUAGCUGCCCAUGCCAGCCUUGCUAGGUCCGGGCAUGAUCUCGCAGCCUUAUCUGGGGGUUCGUCUGUGUCACCCUACGUGGCUUAUGCUCAGGUUAAAACUGCCACCGGUGCUACUACUUUAGUCCCCAUCUGCAGAGACCCUUACUGUACGAACUGCCAACUUACCAUGCGUAGUGCUCAGCUUUCGGGAACAUGUGCCGCUGGUUGUACGCAAUGUAAUCACGAGAAAUCUCUUGCUGCCUCAAGCAGCCUUGGACUAUCCGGCACUCCCCUCACAGUGCCCGUUUUGCCCGUACCCGGGGCAAGCCAACUCUCAGGAACAAAUGGACUAGGUUCACUUUACUCUCAUAGUUUAAUGGCAGCACAUCAUGGACUACCUUACGUGUGUAACUGGAUGUCGGGGACAGAUCAUUGCGGGAAACGUUUCUCUACGUCUGAAGAACUCUUACAACACUUGCGCACUCAUACGUCAUCUACAGACAUUUCUACGUCAUUGUCAUUAGCAUCAGUCUUACCGUCAUAUUCGUACCCCAGUGUGUCAAUGCCCAGCGUCUCUGUCGCCAGCACGCUAGGUUCGCAUUACAGUCAUGGUUCAUUGAGCCCCAACUCUCUUCAUAGGAACUAUCCAACAAGCCUCAGCCCAAUCAGUAGUGCCCUAGCAGCUAGCAGAUAUCACCCCUAUGCCAAAUCCGCCGGACUUUCCUCAUUAUCAAGUGCAGCCCCCUCAAUGCCACCAAUGCCCUUUCCAUCCAUGGGACCAUAUUAUUCACCAUAUGCGUUGUAUGGACAGAGACUUGGCGCAGCAGUCGCACCAUGAACUCAGAAACUGUGAAACAUUAUGACGUAUGUGCUAUUAAGUAUACGCCUGGAUUAACCUUAUUUAUCACUCAUUUGGACCCUUUCCUCUUGAUGUGGACGAAAACUUGUGGUUAAAAGUGUAAGAACAAAUUCGUGUUUUCAGUUGGAAAUUUCACUGUUUAGGGUAUUAGCUUUGUGAUCAAUGUGCAAUUGGCGCUCCAUACUUUUUGGUAAUGCGUUAUUUGCAGGUAAAAUAAACGAAUGUCCAGGGGUAAUUCACAUACUUCCGAGUACAUUUUAAUGAAAGAUUGCCAUGGAAAACACGAAUUCGGUUCUCCAAUUUUCCCGAUAAUACACUUUAAUUGCUGUUUUCUAUAUGGAAGUCUUAAUUCGUAAAGUUCUGUGUCAUUUUGAAUUGCCAGUUGUUAUGAAUUAUUUAGCACCAUGUCAAAAAAUAUUCCACAAUCAUUUUGUUCGUUUUUUAUGGAAGAUCACUGCCGAAUGAUUAGAAAGAUUGAUCAUAAAUGGUGUGGAAAAUAAUGAAAAAUAAUUUAUCGUCCGUUAAUGAACAUAUCUAAACGAAAGAACCAUUCAUUAGGGUUUAGUAAACCGAACACCAGUCCAAAUAACGAAUGUAGUUAAUGGAUUACAGUGCCAUGAGAAAUGUUUCAUUUGCGGCGUUAAAAUCCUCGCAAAGAAUUAGAACAGGAAAAGUAAAAAAGAGGUAAUGAAUGAAAUACUUCGUUAUUACAAACCAGGAUAUACACCAAUUUCCAUGUGAACUUUAUUGCUUUGUAUUAAUAUUAUGUUAUUAUUCUGUAUAGUUUUGUACAUAAAAUCAAAGAUUAGUAUAUCGAUUCUAUAUUCUAUAUGAUGUGCAUCGUCACUGUGCGAUAAAUGUCCCUGGUUGGUUUCCGAAAAAUAUAAGCCCCCCACGGUCCUUUAUCACUUUUGGAAAUCGGACGAAAUUCCUUGGAAUCGUUGAAGCAACCCCGUGCUCCUUUUAAUCAUUUUUUAUAAGGAAGCCAUCGGAUUGGUCAAUAUUCAUUACUGACCCGAAUUACUGACCAAUCAAAUUGCUCUAUUUGGCACUCCAUGACAGUUUUUCAAAUAUCCUCCUUUUUCGAGGAAGUUUCGUCUGAUUUCUUUUUUUAUCCUACAACUUGAAUGCCUUUCAAUUGUGAUUAUCUGCACCCUCGUCAUUGUAUUGAAGUGAAAGCAGUGUUCAAGUUCUUAAAGGUUGAAAAUAGAGAGAGAGAGCGAGAGAGAGAUAAAUAUAUGAAAUAUCAAAUUA